CCAACAACAAACGAUUUCCUUUGCCAGCUCCGUGUCGCAACUCGCCCCGAUGGCAUCGACUGCCCCCGCUCUGCACGACGUUCUUCCCUUUUCCUCAAUCAUUUGAUAACGUAUCACUCGUCCGUCAAUAGCGUCCAGCCUGCGUUGCUUAGUGCAGCAAACGAUGCUCGUCGUUCGACACCCACAGAGCCCACUUCUGCUGCUGCUGGUCGGUGGCGGAGUUUUUGUGUUGCUUUGUCUCGUUCUGUAUAGCGGCGGGGCGACGUCUGUUACGCGCUCCUUCACCACCUCUCGGCCUUGGACCAGACCAGGCGGCAGCAGCUUUACCCAAGAUACCUUCAAUCAGACUUUGGGCUUCGACACCAUCUUUGUCGUCAGCCUGCCCUCUCGAACCGACCGCCGCGACGCGAUCACGCUCAGUGCUGCCCUUUCUGGCUUCCGAGUCGAGUUUAUCGAUGGCCUUCUGGGCAAGGAUGUAGCAGACAAGGCGAUUCCUUCUGGGAAGGGCCAGCAACGACUCCCUGAUGCCUCGGUUGGCUCAUGGCGCGGCCACAUGAAUGCCAUUGCUGAGGUAGUGCGGCGGAACGUCACUUCUGCCCUCAUCCUCGAGGAUGACGUCGAUUGGGAUAUAAGGCUCAAAGAGCAGCUCUACAGUUUUGCGCUCUCUUCUCAGAUCCUCACUCAGCCCCUGGCUCGCACCGCUGCUGAAGUCUACGCAGACCCCACAUUCCCUCGACCCGCCAUUAACUCGCCCUCAAAAGUUCCCGACAUUGCUCUGAACAACCCGCCAGCCGUGCGGGCUCCACGAACUUCACCAUAUGGAGAUGGCUGGGAUUUGCUCUGGCUAGGACAUUGCGGCAUGACCUUUGCGCACGAAGACAGCAAGCUCAUCCCCAAGGGUCGCGUGGUCCAGCAUAACGAUCCAACUGUGGCCGAGAAACGGUAUCUGACGACCUGGACCAAACCCGACAAGCUCAAAGAGCAGUACCCUGAGCAUACCCGCGUUGUUCACCAUGCACAAGAGUCACUGUGCUCCUUGGGCUAUGCCAUAACACAAGCCGGCGCGCGCAGCUUGCUCUAUGAGAUCGGUCUCAAGAACUUUGACGCAGGAUUCGACUUGUUGCUCGCACAGUUCUGCGAAGGUGGUGGCCGAGGAUAUCAUACGUGCCUGAGUGUGCAGCCAUCGUUCUUCAACAACCAUCUCCCGGUCGGACCGAAAAAGGGUGAGAGUGACAUCUCUGACCAUGGCGAAGGGUGGACUGAAGUGGCCAGCACGCCAAACACGCAGUGGAGCACGAGACUCAACUUCGAGGCAUUGCUUGCUGGGACGCCACCGAAAGACCAGUUCCCGGACAGCACAGCCUGAAGUAGAUUUCACAAGAUUACUGCACCUAAUGGCUUCCAACUAGUCUAGAGCGCGCAUUGGGGAUUCCAAGCCUGGCGUUAAGGUUUGCUGCUUCUAUAGUUUGACUUAUAGCACUUGGUUUUUAAGGGCGGCUUUUACGUCAUGAUUGAUUCUACUGCCUCUGUCCCGCAGGCUCAGCCUGAAAAUGCUUGAACAAAGAUGUUAGCGGAGACCACAAGGUUUUGUACAUUGGUGAAUCAGGGACAUUAAGUACAUAUGCUGGACAGAUCCUCCGCGCAUCCUUUGUGGCGCAGCGUGUGAAGCCACCUCAAUGCUGUCUGCAUAAUGCGUCGUCAAAGUCCUAUGACACAUGUGUAUGACGCCAGCAUUCUGCUCUCGAUCGCGCGCAUUACCUGGCGUGGAGAGCGGCCUGUCAUAGGAACGUGUGCACCACAGCUUAAUGUUGCUUAAUAGUCCAAGAAUGUCAGG